GUAAACUAAACGUGAAGCGCGAGCGACAACCAUAGACAGUAAAAGAAAGCACACGACUGGCCGUUUUUAUGCAGUCUAUGCGACUGACCUGCACAUACUCUAAACUUACUGAUACUUAAAUGUGUAGUUUAAUUGUUUAAUUGUAAAUGUGUAAGUUAGUUUAAAAUUUCACUUCGAAAUAAAUUUCAAAUAUGAAUGAUACAAAUAUCAUAUCAUACCUUACCAAAGAAAUACUUUAGACAGGGGAAACCAAUCAAAUAUAGAAAGUCUUGUUAACAAGAUUAAGUUUUAUGUUUUUACGAUGGAGCAGAAUUCUGAAUCUGAUCAUAUUCAACUGGACUUGCCAACAAAUAGUAGAAAACUUAAUGUUCUAGUUGGUUUGACUGGCAGUGUAGCUGCACUCAAGGCGCCUUUGUUGGUAACACAACUACUUGAGAUUCCAGGGGUUGAUGUCCGUGUGGUCACCACAGAUCAUGCCACUCAUUUUUACGAUAUCAGUGAAGUCCCUGUCCGUGUGUACACAGAUAAGGAUGAGUGGGAGAUGUGGACAAAGCGCUCUGACCCUGUGCUUCAUAUCGAACUUAGACGUUGGGCAGAUCUGCUAGUAAUCGCUCCACUGGAUGCCAACACACUUGGUAAAAUUGCCAGUGGAAUAUGUGACAACCUCCUGACAUGUGUGGUGCGGGCCUGGGACUCCAGCCGUCCUCUGCUCUUCUGUCCUGCUAUGAACACAGCCAUGUGGCAGCACCCUAUCACUGCACAGCAAGUGGCCACGCUUAAAAGCUUUGGCUACGUUGAGAUACCAUGCAUUGCCAAAAAACUAGUCUGUGGAGAUGAAGGUAAAGGCGCCAUGGCAGAGGUUUCAACUAUUGUUGAAACUGUCAAACAAUACAGUCCAGAAACAUCCUGAAUGACCUCGGACUAAACAUACGAGUGGUAAAGAGAUACAAAGUUAUCUUUGGAGCCCCAUUUCUAAAUAAAAACUAAAAAACUAUAUUUCCAGAAUAAAAAAGAAUAAAUGGAAAUGUGUGGAAUUGUAUAUCUCACACUUCUGAAUUUUUAAAUUGUAAGAUAGAAACUCAGAAUUGUUAGAUAUAAACUUGCAGUUCUUAGAAAAAAAGUCAGAAUUGUGAAUGAAAAAAGCAAUUAAAAUUCUUAAAAGUCAAAAUACAAAGUUUACAAUCUGACAAAUCUUGACUUUUUUCAAAAAUUGCUAGUUGACAUCUUUUUACAUCUUAGAAAUGUGAGAAACAAAGUCUAAAUUGUGAAGAUGCAAUUACCCUUUAUUUUUUUAUUUUUUUCAUGGCAGAACCCAUCUUUCAUAGUUAAUCUGCACAAAGACAAUUUAAGGUGUUUAUGAUAUGUAAAAUGUUUAAUAUUUUAGUGUUUUACAAUUAUACGUAUCAAUGUUAAGAAACCUACAAACAAAAUGUUCCUGUUAUUUAUGUUUGUAAUGGUUACAUUCAUUAUAUCCAUUUAUUUUUACAUAGUAAUUUCAAAUAAGCUACUUAAUUAUUUUCUAUACUGAAAAUGUUCCUCAUAAUAAAGUGUCACAUAUCAGCAUAGUUAAAUGUCACUGUUGUUUAAUCUUUGGAUCUGCCCUGGUAGCUAAUCCUUAUUUUGAAACUAAUUAUGAUAAAUGAUCAGGGGACUGACACAGUCUGUUGUUACUUAAUGGCAUCGGAUUAAUGAGCACAAAAGUCAUGUAAUGUUAUUAUAGUAGAAUAUUUUACAAGAAAACAUAUUUAAAACACGUUUACUUGAUAAUUUAACUGUUUUAAAUGUUAGAAGUCUUCAUUUUGACGUGUGAAUGCGUGUUCUGUCUGUGACCUUUCACCCAGCGAGGGCUUCAGAGGUCGAGUUAGUUCAGAGGCCUCUAACCACAACAGCAGCGAGAGAUGUUCAUGAAAAUAGUCUCAGGUUGUGCUAGAAGAUACUAAUACGUUUAACACCUCCAAAUAUCUUGUUUUGUUCAGGUACAUAUCCUGUUGCAGGUUACCGUUAGAAAUGUGUUCCAUCUGUUAAUCAUAUGUGGUUAACCACCUUGAUUCUCAUUUUGCUCAGAUAUGCCAACAGCACCAGCAUAGAUAUAUAUAUAUAUUUUUAGUCUGUUUUCUUUUUUUUUGGGGGGGGGGGCACCCUUCAGCUACAGUUAAGUAUCACCAUGAAGCAUUUUCUGGCUGAAGUUUUCCAGAAUCCUCUUCAAGCAUGAUUUGAACCUGUUAAUAUAUGCUACAAAUAUGUACAAGAUUUAAACAAGAAGAAGUUUAAACAAAGAGGAAAGUUUAAUCUGAAGUGAAUGUGGGACAAUAGAUUAUAGUGAUAAGACUUUAAUUUAUUUUUUUUUAAUCUAGGUUUAAAGGAUAUAGUAGCAAUACUGUUUAGUUCUGUUUUAAAUAUUUCUUCUUAUUACUAAAAAUGUUGAAAUGUUACAUUUCCUAAUAUAUAAAAAAAUUGGGCUAUAUCAUCUGCCCAGACUUUUUUACUUCCUCUCUGUAACAAAGUAGAAGUGUUAAAGGAGGAAUUCUGUUUUGCACUUCCUAAAACUUGAGUCAUACUUUUAGAUAAUUUAGUAUUUGUGCACACAUUUUUUAUAACAAAGAAUCACUGUCCCCAGUAUCGCUGCUAGUAACAUCAUGCCAGCAUUUAAUGGAGUUUUCAGAGAAAAAAAAAAUUAUCAUGGGAACCACACCAGAUUAUAAUCAGAAAUCUAUUUUAGUCAGUAUUUGAAACAUUUGCAAUUUUAAAUCAAACACAUUCAUUUGUAUAUAUGGCAUAUAUCCUUAAUGGCUCUUGUUUACCUGCUCAGUCUUUUCUCUCAUACUGAUCAUUAUUUUUAGUGUAUUUUCCUUAAUGCUAAGGAUUUAUAAAAGUCUAGUCAACACACAUCCCUGACAUUGGAGACAGAAAAAAGGGUGUAUCUCUGUCCCUGCUGUUUAAAAGGAUAGAUAACAUCCGGCUAAUAUGUGUAUAGGGAUAAACAGCUUAUGUGAACAUUUAUGCAAUCUGUGAAACUGUUUUUAAGAGACACAUUGUUCAAAAACAUCUUUCUUUUGCCCUUUUAAAAUCACUCCAGAACAUGUAUGUGUGUGUGUGUGUGUGUGUGUGUGUGUGUUUCAGCUUGUGCAAUAUUCUCAUGAUUUAUGUGCUAUUAGAUAAAACAUUCAAUGUUCAAAUUUGUAGAUCUGUUUGGAUUUUGCAGAACAUAGGCUAUUUAGUAAAUAAAACAACAUAUCCCACCAUUUGAGAAAGUCACAAUUAUUAUUAUUUUUUUUCAACAGAUGGUUUGAAUUCAAAAUAUAGAAAUCAACUUGCUAAUCAACGUGCUAAAUCAUGUCAUAUGAAAGAUUCAGUAGCUGUUGGGGCAGUCAAACAGCCAUCAUGCGAGAUGAUGCAUACACUGGCACAUUAAAUUUGAACAUUUAAUCAAGAGACUUGUUCAUCCUUAUUUGUUUAGCAAAGCAGCUGAGGUGUUGUCAUCAGAUGAAGUCAGUGCUGUUUUACACACAGUCCCCAGUCUGAUGUGGUGUCCUCUUGUCAUUGGCUGCCAAGCCAGACUUUAAAAACAGGCUCUCCGGCAGGAGGGGAAACGUUUAUCAAGCAGGUGCUGGAAGAGUGAAAUCAACUGAGUGUAAUGUGGAGGAGGCUCCUAUCUCUUGGCAUGCUAAAUGAGAGUGAAAUAUUCUUAUACACAUGUGGGCUGUAGACGACUCCGAUCUGUGCUGGUCAAGGCCAGUUCACGGAAAUGCAUUUUGUGGAGGAGUGACAGGAAACUACAUGGGAAAUAUAUUGCGAAAGAUCAAGAACUAAAAUAUUGCACAAUUCUGGUGCAAUUACUUCCACCGCUUUUGAAGACUUAGAGCAACAACAAAAUUGUUUUAUAGUAAUAUAAUUAGCUGUUUUUGUCCAUGCCUGUACCUUUAUGUUUUAUCAUCAUAGAAAAUCUAAUUUAUUAUUUUAAACUGCACACACAAAGGACUCGCAUGCACACACACAGGGCUCAGGUGUACCCCAACAGAUUGCUUGAUGUUGGAGGUGUCACAGAGGUUGAGUAAACACUUGUCACAUUUCCUGCUUGUAGUCCUUUGGGGAUGCCGGCAGGCCCUUGGUGCUUCUUCCCCAGGUAGCUGAAAGGUAAUACAGACAUGGCUGAUGUAACUCUACAGCUGAGUGAACUCAUGGCUCCUGACUGUAGCUCCUGAGCUGGCACGGUUUCAUCACUCAUACUAAACAUAUCACACGGUUAAAGUAAACACAUGCAAACUAGCACGACUGCUGCUGCUAAAAAGGUACAGCUGUGAACCAACAGCAGGAAACAUUUUAGGGUUUAUGCGUUUAUUCAAUUAACUCAACCCACUUUACUCAUGUGUAUUUAUUCAUAACUUGAUGUUAAAACUGUAUUACUAUAUAAAGAAACUAACUAUUGUUUACCCAAAAACUUAAAUUUACUUCCUCAAGCCACUGAAGAUAAGUUAGAUAAGUUUGUUUCAGAUAAUCUAUCGGUGAGCGUGGUGAUUUAAUGUUAAAUUUCUCCAAAUAUGAAGAAGAAACAAACUCAUCAGUUUCUUAGAUGGCUUGAGGGUAAGUACAUUUUCUGCAUAUUUUCAUUUUGGGGUGAGCUAUUCCUUUAAGAUGUGCUUAGAGAGAAGCAACCAUUGAACUUUGCUAUCUCCUAACUAUCGCUAUUUUCUGUUGUUUUCAUCCUUAUCUAGGGAUGGUAAUUUCCAAGAUAUUUCUUAACUGCAAAACAUCUUCCAACUUAUAUUUCAGUGAAAUAAAAAUAUGAUUGAAGCAUCAAACAUUACAACCUCAUACAAGGGUCACAUGAAGAACAUCAUGGUUAUUGUGCAUGCUUUUUUGAGAAUUAAAAAGCAAAACUCAUCUCACCCCAUCCCCCUCGCCAGAACUGGUUUAAUUUGUCACAACCAUCACAUUAACUGGAAGCACUCAUGCUUUGGCUUCCUUUUUCCUUUAUCUACCAUAGUUAUUACACAACCUUUGUUCUCUCUCUGAAUAUUGUUCCCUGCCUGAACUGUUUGGACUGUUUAAAUAAAAUGGCAAACUUAAUACUUGAAAAUACAAUCAAAAUACUUUAAAACAAUGAGAACACAAAACUUCAUAGUACUGGUGUGUGAAAACCUCAGAGCUAAAGCUGUUUUCCGAUAAUGUUAUCUUCAUUGUUAGAAAUAAUGUUCAUUCCAAACUUAUCUGGUCUGUAAUCAAUGAUUUAGUUAGACAUUUUUCUGGUGGUUUUCAAAUGUUUAAAUGAGAUCAUUUAACAUGAAAAAAAAAAAAUGCAACUUUGUAUAUAAUGGAGAAAAAUGAUGUUGUGGACAUUCAGAAAUAACAUAUUUUUUACAAAACAUUCUCAGAACAUAUUUUAGUUACCUGGGAACUGACUUGGAUAAUCUAGCAGCAUUGUUUUCAUCUUCACUUAUAGGCUUUUCUAUAAAGAACUCCUGGUGCCAUCUGUUGAUCAGCAUUAAUGCAUAACACCAUGGAAACUGGAAGCACAAGGCAUUGUAGGAAAUCCUGUAGAGACUCUACUUCUGAGGAAAGGCCAUCCCUUGGGGAACAGGGGGUCUUGUCUAGGCUAUAGACGCUGUCUCAGCAGGCAAAAGAUUAGACACAGUUGACAGAUCUACUGUAUCGUUUAUGGGGUAUUCUUCUUAUAUAAUAUUCAAAGUCCACUAUUUACUCUAUUACAUUAUUAACUU